UUAAUUUAAGCAAGUAGUGGCUCUUACAGUAGAAAUAUGUUUUGUUUCUGCAUGGAGAAAAGUAGGGAUGUCCCAGGUUCGUACAAAUGUAGACCAACAGAAUGGGAAACGACUUAAGCAAAGAGCAAGAAGUGGAAAGGACAAAAAUUGUUGAUAUUUUAGUUAGCAUACUUUUUGAAUGUACCUAAGCUUCAUUUAGAAGGUAAAAUCAUAAAAGUUUUAAUAUUUUGAUUUACUUUUCAAUUUAGAUGUAAAAACUAAAAAAAAAAAAAUCUUUUUUUUUACUUUUCCAUGGUGACUUGAUGAGUGGAAAGCAAUCACUGCACAGUUUGUUAGAACGCAUGAACGAUGUUCAUAGAAAAGAUAUAAAGGAGAUUAAUGUUGGUCAUUUGAACGAAAAUAAGUUGCUACAAGAUAAAGGGCAUGAGAAAAAGAAGAAAAAAAAGAUAUGGAAUACUGCAAAUCAGUCAUCACUGGGACUUCGUAACAAAGUUAGUUCAAAUACUCAAGUAGUGACACCAAAUCGACUGCCACCUAUUGAAAAACAUGUUGGUGACAUGAAUGAUGCUUUUGUUGAGUUUUCGUGUGGAACAUAUGAUUCACAUUUGACAAAGGUUAAUAAUGUAGAAGAACGAAUCGAGACAUUAAAAAAUGAAAAUAGAAAUAAGAGAAAUCAUCAUGAAAGCAUGUUGCCUGAUGUCAUGUUACCUAGAGCUGAUAAACAGAAAGUUCUUACAGAUUGUACAUUGGAGAAAACUUUUAUUCCAACUCAUCAUAUUUUACCAACCAAAUCUUCACAAUACAGGCAGAUAAGGAAUGUUCACAAUGGAUUGUUCAGCAAAGAAGCACCAUUCGGAAGAAACAGUCAACCAUCUCUGCAAAGUAUUGAACGAAAACUAUAUCAGAGAUUAAAAUCACUAGAAAAUCAUGACCAUCCAAAUUUUCAUGUGUUGAACAUAUACAGUGAUGCAUGGGAUGAAAUUUGUAACAUAUCAGAAACCUAUGGCGAUACGUUAAAAUCAAUUAAAUACGAUUAUGAUACAUAUGCACAUGAAUUAAUGGAUGCAUAUAUUAACUGUGACUCUGCGCCAGUGGAUGAUUUAAAUAUUUUGGAAGAUCGAAUACUGUACAAAGAGGACAGGGAAAAAAUAAAGAAAUUGGAAGCACAAGUGAUGCAUGAAUUGCAUGAAAAUAACCGGCUACGACAGGAAGUAAAAGAAAAAAAAGAGGAUUUUACUGAUAAGCUUGACAGGGCAGAAGGUUGCAGUGGUCCAUCUUUAGAAAGUGAUUACUAUGUUCAUACCAAGGAGAAUGAUCUUGAAAGACAAGUGGAACAUUUGCAUGCACUGAUUGAACUUCAAUUGAAUGAACUUGAAGAAAUGAAAAAAACAAGGAAAGAAAACUAUGUUCCAUUAGCAGUGUGUGAAAGAUUGGAACAUUGCAUUAAAGAAACAGAAGUUGAUAUUCAAAAAUUAAGUAAACAGAACGAAUUUUUAGAAGAGAAUAUAGAGGAGCUGGAGGAAGAACUUGAAGAUGUCUUGGUGAAAGCUGGUGUUAAGAAGAAAGAUGCAAGAUUACUGUGGAGAAGAGUGAGCGCUUCUCACGUAUUGGAUGCAUAAUAACAAAUGAUGUGUGCAGACGAUGAUGCAGAUGAUGUUGUUCACAACAGUGAUAAGAUUGACAAAAAGUUUUAGUUAUGGCUAAUCAGCAUUGUUGUUUUAUAUGUGUUAUGUUUUUACGUGACAUUGAAUUAUUGGUGAAUUAAUUGCAACCAUUUUUGAUGUUGCAUGCAGGAAAAGUGCGAGCUGGGAUUAAGGGAGCCUAGAGCUUUUCAUUUAAAAUAUUAGAAAAACCAUAAUUAUUGCAAACGUAAACAAAAGACAAGUCAAGUGAGGGAAUUUUGAUGAUUAUUUUUUGAGCAGUGUUUGGGUUAUUCCUAAAAUAGAAAGUUAUAGAUGCGAGAGUUCCAGGAAGUUUGCAUAAAGGUAAAAAUAUUUUUUCCAAAUUCCAUAGUAAGGCACAAAAAUAUUAGAUGGCAGUAGCUUCAGUAGCUAGCUUUCCAUGUAUAAAUGUAACAGUCAAUUUAGAUUUAUUUUGAUAUACUUCUCUCUGUCAUAUUUAUCUUACAACAUUCUCAAUGCAAAAUUUUUUUUCUUGAAACUAGUUAACUAAGCUUUCUCUCAGGUUUUAAAAUUGAGUUUAGCAUCUUAUCCCAUCAGUUUUCUGAUGUUAAGAGAACUCUCGCUGGGUCUCCCAGCUAAGAAAAACUCUGCCCUUAUGAUUUCGUUUUGGAUGAAAGUUGUCACAUGAAAUGGUGAAGUAAAUUUAGUAAAACUUUAUUUAUUUUUUGAGCUUUUAUGAAGUAGACAUUUACACAAAGUGAUAGUCUGUAUAAGCACAUUUAUAGAUGCAUUUUUGGAAUGGAAAAAAUAGUGCCACCUUACCUAUAAGUUAUUCUAGUGGAAAUUAUUCUUGUGUUGGUAAUAUUUUCAUUAAAAAUAUUAACCUGUGUCUCGGAUCCUUAGUACCACUUCUCUUACGCCUAUAUACCUGGUGAAUUUCAUCAUUUUUUGAAUACCACAUCCAAAGAAAUGAUGAAAUUCACCAUCACAACAGCUGUAAAACAAUAAUUUUAAGAUUUACGUUAUUUUAAGAUGUAAAUAAAGAUGUUAUUAUUUAUAGCUACCAAUAUAUUUAUUUUAAAUGGUCAAUGUAUAAUGUACAAUUAAUAUACAAAAGUAUUUUUAAAAUUUUUGUUUUCCUUUCAAUUUUGAAACAUAACUUGUUGCAUCAUCCAACUUCAUUGUACUAAUGACAGCUAUGCAUUACUUUGUGAGAUAAAAUAAUUAACAACAAAAAGCUAAUCAAAUUAGGAGCAACUCAUGAAAGAAUUAAAGUUUAUGCAGCGUCAGUCUUAUUAUGUUUUUUAAAAUAAUUCUUUUAUAUUAAGUAUUACUCUUAUCUAGCAUUUUUGCAAGCACAUGUGUUGUAUUAAUUGCUUCGUAAUGGUGAAAUAGUAACAUUUAUAUGCCACAUCCAAUAAUAUGAGAAAGUAAAAGCUAAUAAAGGGUAUAUUUAUAAAAGUUUAUCCUCUAUCUUCUAGGGUUUUAUGACCCAUGAUAUAGUAUAUAAAUUUAAUGCAUGUAUCAGAUUUUUUUUUUGCAAGCUGCUUAUUAUUUAUGAAAAUUGUUUUUUAGAGAUCA